AAAACGAGAGGAAAAUGUUGAACAUCGUGUAGAGAUAUAGAGGGUCUCCUGAGAGCGAAGCGAGCAGAAAUUUUUUGCGACGACGGUCUUGAAACAAUGUUUACCAAAAGACACAGAAUUAUUGGGGGGAUGUCGCACCCCCAACACCCCCCCCCCGCUAAAUCCGUCCCUGAAUAGAGUUGCAGGCAACGCCUAGCUGACACUUUUGUUCUACCUGAUUCAGAAGACAGUUGUGCCAUCUUUAGGCUACAACAUUAAUAUUCGUUAAGGUCGAUUUAGUGCACUUGAAGUCGGAUCUAGGGAUCCAGGGGGUUUAAAAAUAAAACUAAUUCGAAUUCAAAAUUUUCAAAGUGUAAGCCAAAAAUAUUUUUUUGAGAUAAAGCGCUUGGCGGGCCGGAUAAAAACGUGCUGCAAGCCGGCCCGCGGGCAAAAAUGGCCGCUGAUCUAAACGAUUAAAACGGGUUGAAAAUUACGAGAAUGGUAAAGGACGUAAGUAAGUCCUCAGGAACUUUUAUUCACCUGGAUCAGGGACUCUGGAGAAUUCCUUGUCCUUGCGAAAAGUAGCAGUUUUUCAUGUAUUUUGCCUUUGUUUUGCCUAUUUUCUUAUCGCCCUGCAGUGCUUCCGGCGUCCCUGAAUGGUGUUGUGUAAUUUUUAUUUAUAGACAGAAGGAAGUCGCAAGCUGGAAUCUUCCUAUUAUCUUUCUAAAAUACUUCUAAGAAAUCAUUUUGUGGAUUCCCCAUUUUCUAUCUUAACCAAUCAAUUCUCUUGCUUGAUACGGGCGCAUGCGAAGUGAGAUUAUGAUGCGCUCCUGCCCUUAUCUGCGAAGUAUUCGUGCAAGACUCGGAUCUGGGGAAGUAGCAGGCACGGAAGAAAGAAAGCAAGAACUGUAAGGAAUAACCGUUAAUUUUGCGAAAAAGAAAUAAAGUUUUUGUUGGGGCUGAAGUGGAAUUUUUCAGACGGUCGUCUCGGCACGACAGAAUGACUGGGGCGGGCGGCUCUCAAUGUCCGCAAUGUGAGACCGUUCUGGCUGAGGGAUCCAGAUUUUGUCACCUAUGCGGUGCCCCUUUGAAUACACAACCAAAGGCAGCAGCAAAUGUUCCUGCACAAUUAGAACACGGCCAAACAACUCAAGCCAAUGUCUCAUGCGACAAAAAAGGUGACGUGGGUACCCAAUCAGAGAACUCGAACGGUGGAAGAAAAGAUGUUCAACCACCCAUUCAAACACCGAAGGACGUUGCAAAGCAGGGGAGUAUCAAGGUAUCGGACAAUGGUAAAAGCGAAUCUUGUUUGAAAAGGAUCGCAGUGCAAGGAAGUGAAGGUGAUGCAGAAGACAAUAAUGAUGCACUGCAGGGAAAAAGCAACAUGAUGCAAGGUAAAAGGGCUAAAAUGUCAGAAUGUAGCGCUACGAUGCCUGAAAGUAAGGGUGGAGUGGAAGACGAAAUUCUAGGAAAUAAGCGUGCAGCAGAAAAAGUAAACGAUUCACCACAAGGAAAAAAAGCUAAAAUGCCAGAUUGUAGUGAUGGGAUGCAAGGAAAUAUAAGUAGGGCAGAAGGAGUGGAUAAACAAUUGCAAGGAAAUCAGAGUAAAGUAGAAGGAGUAAGUGAUGGAAAACAAUUCAUAAGAGAUGAAACACAGGAGAAGACCAAAGCUUUGCAAGAUAAUAGUGCUGUACCACAGAAGGUUAAUAGUCCAAUACAAGAGAAAUUCAACGGAACAGAAGGAAGUAAGGACAUAAGUUGCAGUGUAGCAUUGGAAAGUAUUGAAGCAACAAAAGGGGAAGAGGAGGUAGUGCAAGAAAAGGACAAUGCUACGCAAGGGAAAGUGCUUGCAACCAAAGCGAAUAGAAAUAAUGCCGCAGAAAAUAUUGAUGCCAUAAAGGAAAGAAGUGAUGCAAUGGAGGGAGACGACAAUGCAGUGCAAGUAAGUGUUGAUUCCGUGAAAGGAAAAGGGGAUAGAGAGCAAACAACUAACGAUGCAUUGCAAGGAGAUAUGGUUGGAGAACAAGGAGGUUGCAAGUUAAUGCAAGAUAAUAAAAACUGUGCACAUGCUGAAGUUGAAUCGCAAAGACAAAUCAAGUCAUCGAAUUCUAUUCUGAGCACUGGAAAACCGGAAACUCUUCUUUCCCAGGCAGAACAGUUUCAUGUUGAAGAAGGAGUUGAAAUGCAUGAUCAGGCUGAGUAUAAUGAUUCAGAUUCAAGCGAAAAUAUUAGUUCUCAGCAGGAAAACCAACCUGGCGAUAACAAAAAGAAACGUAAAACUCAAAGCAAAGCAAAGACGGAUCGUAAAAAGAAACAAGAAAGGAAAGAGAGAGCGGAAGAAAGGAAGAGAACUGGUGAUCCAUUAGGUGCUCAGGCUGCAAAAGAUUCGAAUGCAAGCGAUGAAAAGACUCAUUUCGCAAAAGCGAGAAAGGCAAGCAUGUCAGAUCUCGAAUCAGGAAAAGAUACGAAAUCAAAUAAUGAAAAACAAGCUGGUCUGGUUAAGGAUCAUACCGAAGUAGCAAAAGCUCCGAAGGCAACAAAACCAGAUCUCAAAGCAGAAAAAGAAACAGCACCAAUAAGUGAAAAACAAGCUGCUCCGGUCAAGGAUCAUCAAGAAGUCCAACAACGACAAACAAGGUCCCAAACAAACAAAGCAAACCAUGAAAAAAUACUUAAAGGAACAGGUGACACAAAUGAACUCGAGGUGCAUUUUUAUGCCCUUUUAGAUCCAGCAUUUGGUGAUGCUGAGAAUUUGUUCAUAGUUAUGGGUUAUCCAAUUGGUGAUUGGUCAAAUGGACCUAGAAUACCUGUCAAAGAAAUUGGGAGAUUUGGAGAACUUGUUAUCCUGCAUGGGAAAAUGUUCAUUUCUUCUUUUUACAAAAAAGACAAGCUGAUUGUUCCUUAUAAAUAUGGGAGAGCUGAUGGUAAAAAUUUCAUUUUUGAGUUUAUUUCAAGGCCAUUUAUCCCAAGUACAGAACAGGGUUUUGUAAACAGAUGUCUACUUGUGCUGGCUUCUGACUGGCAAGGAAAGUUCAACAAAUUUGACGGCAUUGUCUCUCCGUGUUGCGACAAAUCCUUUUUCGAUCAUUUCAAAAUUUGGAAGACAAUACCCGAUUCCUUGUCCGUAAAAUUGCAGAAUAAAGAUGAAUUUAUUUUAUGCGUGCAAGCGUUUAAUCAUGUGUUAACCAGUCAGCCAAACUUCGGAACUUUAAAAAGCUUUAUCAGAGGAGUAUAUUUGCAACUGGUUUGUGAUGGAAAUGGGAAUUACCGAAAACGCAAAUUCGAACCGAAUUCUAUGGAGAGAUAUCAGAUUUUUGAGGAAUUAUUUAAAGAUAAGAUCGAAGAAAACUACAAGAUGUUGCAGGAUACUAAGAAAUGGCAGAACAGUUUUUUGUCAAGCAUUUCAGUUUUGGUGAUGUUUUCAUUUUCAAAUAUCGCCUCAGUACCACCUGGCAGUCAUUCAUUGUUGCAAAAACUGCUUGAAUGUAUUUCACUGAAAGGAUUGUAUCACGAUGAUUACAGUCCUGAGGACUUGAAGAUGCAAUUGGAAUCUGAGUUUGGAAACAGUCUUGUUCAAGACCUGGUCGAAUUCAUUAAUGUUGUGCUCCGUGACCGAGGAUUUUGGGGAAGUGCGGCUGCUUAUUGGAGUCUUUUCAGCUUAAUAUCACUGCUUGAUCCUGACUUUCCAAUCCAAGAAUUUUCAGGGACUCGACAUUAUCUCAUCGAAAAGUCGUUUGAGAACAAUGACCAAAAUUUGAAUGAAAUCAAUGCAGCGCUGCACUUUUCUCCUAAACUAAAGAAAUUGAUGAUGUCUUUUUUCAAUUUGAAAAAUCACGAGUUUUACCUUUUGAUGCCUGCCAUCGACUACUUUGAUCUGCUAACCACUUUGGGAAAUCAUCUACAUGGGAAGCGACGGAUCCUGCAAUCAGAAAUUGAAAAAGUCAACAUCUUGUUGACAGUUUUGCUGUCAAAGGUUGAGAUAAAUGCUCCAAAGGAUCCAAAAAGGAUCAGCUCUGGGAUUGACGUUUGUUCUACUUUGUUUUCGAGAAACUUUCUUUCAAUCAAAUAUUCCGAAAACAUGGAAUUUUAUAGCUGCUUGCUGAAUCUUCUUCAAGCUUUCACUAAAGAAGCAGCAUCAGAACCUGGAAUAUUAGAGGAGGUUUUGAAAACAUUUGAAAAGAGAAUUGCAAAGCUACUAACUGGGAUUAAAACGGAACUUUUCAGUUUCACAACUGAUAGAUUCUCCAAGAUAUCGAAGUUCAUGGAUCUUUUCUUCAAACUGCCUUUGGAGAUUGACUGCAUGAAGAAGUUGUUGGAUGAUAAAGUUGAAGAUGCCAUGCAGUUUUUCAUCGAAAAAGAAGCGAAGAGCAGUUCUUUAGGGCAGGAAAAAGUUUUUGAAGUGAUCUGUUCAGUGAAUGAAGAAACAACCUCCCCGCAGAUGAUGAAGUUGUUUCACAACACAGCGAUCAAUUUCAUUGAUAGCUCUCAAGAAAUAAACAGCCACCGCCUCGUUACAUUGUGUAUGGACAAAGGAAAAUUGAGGUUCUUAUGGCGACUCUGUGAUAAAGAACUUACAACUGUCAAUGAUGGCUUCUCUAUGCUCAGGAAGCUGCUAUGCUGGCCACCUUCACUCGCUUUGAUAAAAUUAUCAAUUGGAAAUAUGUCAAAAAAAGAAGCUGAGAGCUCUGGUGAAGGAAAGUUAAAGGCUGCCUUGGAUCAUUUUCGAUCUUUUGAGAGCCAACUGUUUUCUGGUGAGGUCAUACCAAAAGUGCUUGAAGUAAUUUGCAAUAAAAGGAAGGAAUUUUGCGAAAUUUCAGAUGCUUUGAAGAUGGUUCCUAGUGGAGGGAAUGAGAACAAAGAUAAUGUUGAUAUUAUGAUCGCCUUGAGGGCAAAGGAAUGGAAAGAAUUUACGUUUUGGAAAAAGAAAGCGUCGAUUUUGGUACAGAUGUGUGAAAAACCAAGAGGUCUUGAAGUGGAACUGAUGGAACUAAAGGCAGCUUUAGAGGAAAACACUGAAAGCAUUCCACUGUCAAAACUCUGUACUUCAGAGAAUGGGGUAGUGACAGUGACACACUUUCGUUUGCCUUCUAACAUCCUAGAGGAAUUUGGAGCUAUUUGCUUUGCAAGCUCAAGUACCAUAUUCAACCGUACUUGGGAAGAGUGUGGACAGAAUCUUGGAGAUUUGACCCUGGAGCAAGUAGCUGAAGAAUUGUACAAACCUGUCACUAGAAAGCUAAUCAAAACAGUUAACAGUCUGUUCGAAGAGUCUAUAACAUUGUCAAAGCUGAAGCAAUUCCUGAAAGAUUUUACUAAGUGUCAAGAAUCCAAGGAAAUUGUAAAAGAAUUAAAAAUACUUUUGUUUGUGCUUGUUGAUAAAGAUGGAGCAAUGAUGGAGUACAGCAAGGACGAAAUCGAGCAUAUAGCAGAUAAAAUUGUCCAGUUCUUCAAACUCAACAUCAACGUAGAUAAAGCAGCAAAAGUUAUUAAGCUUGGCGAGGCAUUUGGACUGCAAGGAAACUUUGAAAUAUUUAAAGACGUGCAAGAAAAGGCACUUAGUAAUAUGAAGGAAACCCAACUGAGGUCAUUAAACCAAACCCAUUUUUCAGCUGCAAAUGCUAUGCGAAAUGUGGACGAUAGCAUGGAAGAGUGCAUCGACUGUGUAUUGCGUAGCAUGAAUUUGAUUACGUGGCUCCGCAACAAGCUUAAAAGUGUCAGAGAUGUUAAAACAUUCGUGGAGCUGCUAAGUAUAUCAGCUGGUGAAUCUGAUUAUGAGGCUGAUCGCGUUUCGUGCUUGCACACUGUCUGCCUCGACCUCGAGCCAAUUAUUUUUCAACUUGACUUGCAGUGGGGACCUGUUGAACUUGUUGAAUGUUUUAAGGGGAUUCUUGACAAGACUGCAAGGGACCCAACACUUUUGAAGAAACUAACAGACAGCAAUCGAUAUUUGGAAUGGUUCAAACGAGAACACGAGUCCUACGGCUCUGUAGCGAAGUCCUGCAUGAUAGAGGCCGAGGCAGCAAAUACGCGAGGAUAUUACAUCAUUGGUUGCUCUGAACAGAAUUUUGACAUUCAAACUACUGUUGUUACUUUGGAAAACUCUUUAAGACUGCGGGUGCCUCAGGAACCGAAUGAAGAUGGCUCUGAAGAUGUGAACUCGGAAGCAUGCUUCAAAGAAUACAAUUUGGAUGAAAUUGGCGAUUUGCAAUCAAAACUGGUAUUGAUAGGCGGAAAAGUGAAGGAAAGAGAGAUUGGUCAGUUUGAAAAAGACCAUUUUUUGCAGGUCUUCGAGUCUAUGACGAGAGUGGCAAAUUUAUACGUUGAUCUGUGCAAUUAUGGAUGCUAUCCUUAUCUUUCAUGGUGGAAGAGGUUUGAUUGUAGCAGUGCCGCCGAUUCGCAUAUAGAAGAGCAAUGUAAAGAGCUUGAGAAAGACCUAGAGGAGUGGCAGUUAAAGCUGCACCAGAAACGCUGGGAAUUUCCUCCACUGAACUGUUUCACGGUUCGGCAGUUGAUGUUUUUGCAAAAGGAGUUGAAAGACGUUCUCAUAAAGGAAGACAUUAAUGUGUUGAGGAAUCUACCAGCACAGGUAUUCACCUUGCUAGAAGAAAUACACCCCGAAAUAAACCAGGAUAUUUUCAGAAACGUUCUCUACAAGUCAUCUUAUGAUCGUCGCUAUGGGAAGCAAAAGUCUGAAAAUGAAAACUGGCAAAAAGUCCACAGAGAAGAAGAUAGAUUUUUUGGAAUAGCCUUUGAAACGUUGGAAAGAUUUGUGGAGGAACUCGAAAAGGAAGGCCACGAUGAAGACGUUGCAAAAGCGGCGACGUUUCAUUGUGGAAUAACAGAGAGAGCGAAAGCAUCAGCCUGGGCAUUUGACAAUGCUGAUGACGAAAAGAAAAUUGAAGAGCUAGCAUCUAAAAUGACUGCCAUUAUGGAAGAAAAGGAGGCUCAAGGCUCGAACUCUUCACAUAUGGACGAGCAAUCUGACGAGGCGCCCGAAAUAGGCUUGGAGGAACAUGAAGAAAACAGCGAUUUCCUCAAAAUAGACGAGCUUGGGAAAUUUUUGAUGGCCUUGGCAAAUUACAGGAAGAAAAGAACAAAAAAGCUGCAAAUCAUUGAAACUAUGAAAAAGAAGCAUCCAAGCCUAAUGGUCGUUCCAAAAGAUGAUCUUCUGUGUAUUAUUAUUGACAUAUACAAACAAGCUUGUGAUCGGCUACCCUUACCAAAAGAAGUUGUAAUUUGCAACAGCACUACAUCCCAUGAAAAGAUCGAGCUUUUGCUUCGAAGAGCACUUUUGGACCCAGACAGUAUCUAUACUGUGGCUUUUAUCGACGAGUUAGAUUACAAUGUCAGCGAACAGGCAUUCAAAACAUUAACUCUACUUUUGCAAGAACGCGUUGAAAAAGUCAUGGGAGAUGCUAACUACAACCUAUUGCUAAUGUGUGCAAGCGAGAAGGAAGAUGGAUCGUAUCUCGCAUCUGCAUGGGACGAGUACCAUAUUGUUGCCCAUCGCUGUCCGAGUCAAGAAGAAACAAGAAAAUUUUUGUUUAGUCAGUUUAAGUACGUGUCAGCGACUUCCGGGACAGAUUCUCCUUACGCUGCUGCUGCAGAUGAAGAUAGCUCAACUGUGCGUGUCGUCAAAUCAUAUGAGGCAGGAACAGGAAAGUCCUUUUGCAUUAAAAAAGUUGGAGAUAAGCUCGGCGAGAUAUUGAAAAAUUCAAAGGUAGCUUCAAAUCAAAUCUUCAGAUCUGUCGACACUGAACCAAUUAUUACAACAUCUCUGCAAGGAACAAUAGUUGAUCAAGACGAUGUGGUUAAAGAGCUUCUUCCGUUUGACAAGAAGAAAAACGAUGCAUUUCCAAGAAUAUUUCAUUUUGACAUAGCCUCAUCGAUGCAAAACCUGGACAGGUUCAUUUUUGAACUCUUAAUUCUCGGAUCCCUGAGCACUACAACUGGAAGUGUUUGGAAGAAGAAACCAGCCGAUCUUUACAUGCUUGAAAUUACGGAAUCUGUUUUUCAGAGGGAAGGAGACACGAAUAAUGAGACUGCUACGAAAAAGGUGAAAUCAAACAUUGGAAUUAUAAUACCACUUUUGCCAACAACGUUAUGCCGAGCUCCUGAAGAGACGUUAGAGUUCUUGAAAGGCGGCCAAAAUAUUAAGCCUGGAUUUGAUUCCGAAGAAUUUGAAAGUGAUUCGUACCAACGUGUGUAUCAAUAUCUGAAUCAGUUCACUUCAAGACCGACUUUGCUCGAGCACUUUUUAUUUAAAGCCAAGAAUGAUCUUGGCAGUCAGAGAGAAUGCCUCGAAGUGUUGCUAAGGUAUUGUGGAGUCGAUCAUCCGUCAUGGAGGCAGCUCAGUCAUUUCGUGCAUUUCUUUAACAGUCAGCUCUAUGACUGCGAAACAAGUGUUUUUUGCAAUCCAUCUUUGGUUGGUGACACGAUGCCAGGGUUCAGAAAAUUUGUGAUAACGUUCAUGCUAAUGAUGUCGAAAGACUUUGCGACUCCGUCGGUUGAUGCUACUUCACAGCCCCAGCAAGGGAGCCUCGUUAGUCUCAGAAGGACUUGGGAAAGGAGCGAGCAUCCAUAUUUGUUCUUCAAUCAAGAUCAUGUUUCCGUUUCAUUUCUGGGUUUUGUUGUUAACUCGCAUGGUGAUUUGUUGGACAAAUUGAGCAGAAAUGUUAUUGAGAGAAAAAUAAUGUCGCAACAGCUCUUAGCUGGAUUGAAACAUAAUGGAGUCGACCUUUCCUCGUCUUUUGAUAAUUGGAGCAGACGAAAAAAACUGGAAAUGCUUUGUUCGGUGAUGGGGGUUAAAGUGGUGUACGAUCCAGAUCAAACGUAUGAACUGACAAUGGACAAUGUGAUGAAGAUAUUGGCUAUACACAUGCGAUUCAGGUCAGGUAUUCCGGUUAUUAUAAUGGGUGAAACAGGCUGUGGGAAAACAAGAUUGAUUCGUUUUAUGUGCAGACUCAAAGCUGGACAAUCCAAUCUACAAAAUAUGGUCCUUGUUAAGGUACAUGGUGGAGUAACUGAAAAUGAUAUAAAGAAAAAAGUGCAGAAAGCUAUCGAGUUAGCGCAGGCAAACAGAGCGAAACGAAGGGAUCUCGAAACUGUUCUGUUUUUUGACGAAGCAAACACAACCACUGCAAUAGGGAUGAUCAAAGAAAUAAUGUGCGACAUGAGAAUGGGUGGAAAGCCGUUGGACAUGGCAUCAUGUGGUUUACAAGUUAUUGCUGCAUGCAAUCCAUACCGCAAGCAUACCGACGAUAUGAUAGCAAAGCUCGAGUCUGCAGGUCUUGGCUAUCGCAUCAAAGCUGAAGACGCAACCGAGAAACUAGGGAAAAUACCCUUGAGACAACUUGUUUAUCGUGUGCACCGCCUUCCUGAUAGCAUGUUACCUCUUGUAUGGGAUUUUGGUCAGUUGUCACCUGAAGCUGAAAUUUUGUACACAAUGCAAAUAGUAAAUCGCUAUGCAAGGAAAGGAGAAAUACCCAAUGAUCGUGAGUUUUUAGAUGUUGUGGCACAUACAUUAGGGGCUUCACAGUUUUUCAUGAGAGAGCAACAGAAUGAAUGCAGUUUUGUUAGUCUGCGUGACGUAGAGAGAGCCGUCCAAGUUCUUGCUUGGUUUUAUUCAAAAAUGCCUGAGUUUUUACCUUUGAUAAAAGAUACGAAAAACAAGUUGUUGCAUGUUGACGAGAAAGAAGAUGACACAGACAAUGAAAGCAAUGAUGAUUUCUUUGACGAAGAGGAAAACACAGCAGAGAUGGUUAUAUUGUCUUUAUCUCUUGCACUCACUGUUUGUUACGCUGUGCGAUUGGAAAAGCGGGACCGGUAUUAUCGGCAAGUUGCUCGACAUUUCACCGGAAAAUACAGGCUGAUAAAUGGCUACAAAGAACUUAAGGACGAUGCACAUUACUGCCAACAAAUGUUUCUAGACGAACUGCAGCUUGGUGAAAAUAUUGCAAAGAACACAGCCUUAAGCGAGAACAUUUUUAUGAUGGUCGUUUGCAUUGAAUUGAGGAUUCCCCUUUUCGUGGUGGGCAAACCAGGCAGCUCAAAGUCACUUGCGAAAACUAUUAUACAAGACAAUAUGCAAGGAAAACUGUCUCAUUCAGAUCUUUUCAAGACAUUCAAGCAGAUUCUGAUGUGCUCGUACCAGUGCAGUCCGUUGUCAACUGCCGAUGGCAUCAUUGCUACAUUUAGGCAAUGCAGUCGUUUCCAAGAAGGCAAGGAAUUGGACACUUUUGCGUCUGUUGUUGUCUUGGACGAAGUGGGUCUAGCAGAAGAUUCACCGCGCAUGCCACUUAAGGCCUUGCAUCCGCUGCUCGAGGAUGGAACUGAUGGUUCCGAGGACCUGACAGUUGAAGGGGCCGAAUCUAAGGCCAAACGUGUCGCGUUCAUUGGGAUAUCCAAUUGGGCAUUGGAUCCAGCCAAGAUGAAUAGAGGGCUUAUGCUAACAAGGGGACAGCCAAACGAAAAAGAGCUUGUUACUAGUGCAGAUGGCAUUUGCAAUUCCGAUUUGCUGAUCAAGCAGACUAUAUCUGGUUUGUUCCCUCCACUUGCAAAGGCAUACUUGCGUAUAUACAAAGAACAAACGAAUUGUGUUAAGCUAAAGCAGUCGAAAAAGGAGGAGUUUUUUGGGCUGAGAGACUACUACUGUCUUAUAAAGAUGAUUUUCAACAAAGCCAAAAAGGCGCAAAGAUUACCAACUUUUAUUGAGAUUGAGCAUGCAGUAAAGCGAAAUUUUGGUGGUCUUGAGGACUUUGAUACCUGGGAGUAUUUUAGGCAAGAGUUAAAAGGAUCAUCUCUUCGGGAGGGAAAUGACGAUAAUGCCAAUGAAAAGGUGGAUAUUAGUCCUGUUGGACUUUUGAGAUCAUAUCUCCAACCUGAUGACACAAAAAAAGAUACGCGUUAUCUUCUAUUAAUGACAGAAAAUUAUGCAGCCUUGCGAGUCCUAGAGAAGGUAUUUCCUGAAGAAAAUGCUGGAGCCAGCGUGAUUUUCGGCAGCAGUUUUCCUAAAGAUCAAGAGUUUACUCAAGUUUGCAGAGACAUAAACAAAAUUAAAGUUUGCAUGGAAACUGGCAUGACUGUUAUCCUGUUAAAUAUGGAAAACCUAUACGAGAGUCUUUAUGAUGCUUUGAACCAGUACUACGUGUACCUUGGCGGUCAGAGAUAUGUGGACCUUGGUUUGGGUAGUCACCGAGUGAAAUGUCGUGUCCACGAGGAGUUUAAGCUGAUCGUGGUAGCUGAAAAAAGUACAGUCUAUGAUUGCUUCCCAAUUCCCCUGAUCAACAGACUUGAGAAGCACUUCCUUGUGAUUUCAACCUGUUUGAGUGACAGGCAGAUACAAUUGUGUGAAGUUAUUAGCCAAUGGGCAGCUGAUUUUUCCGUUAUCAAUCACGAGAGAAAACAAUAUUCUCUUGGGGAUGCUUUUGUUGGAUACAAUAGUGACACUUCUGCUUCAGUUAUACUCGAAACAAUGCACAAAUGUGGAGAGGACACUCCUGACAAUCACAUUUUAGAGGACAGUAAAAAGAAAUUGCUAGCUGUUGCAACACCUGAAUCCGUUGCUAGAUUGAACAACACUCCACUGCGCCAAGAUGCAGAAUUCUUUUCGGAGGUUUACUACAACGAGCAGUUGCACAGUUCGCUCUGCUCUUUUCUGAAGACAGUAUUGAUGCAGGCUGGAGAUGCUGAACUUUCUGUACAAGUAACCACAUUCUCAAGACUUCUAUCUCCCCGUGAUCAAAAUGCUCUUAACGAAACAUUGGAACAUGCAUAUGAUUUGAAAUGCAUAUCUCUCAAUAAGUUCCAAACAGAGCAACAGUUUUCCGAGGAGUUGAGGCGAUACGUUAAUGAAAAUUUACCAAAGAAAAAGCUUCUUAUAGUCCAGUGCAGUAAUGGCGAUGAGAACAGCGAUUUGAUUGCAUCGGCUAGACAUCUCUGUCAUCAAUCGAAAAACCUUCACGGAAAAGAUCCAAAUCUACCCUUGCAUAUCGUCUUUAUUGUCAAUUUAAAAAGAGUUGCAAAAGGCUGUCGAAAUUUGGGGAGUUUUCAUGGUGUCAACUGGCUUUCUGUUCAUAUUGACGAGCUUCGACCUCCUAACGAUGACUUGCCUUCUUUGGUUCAAUUUGCUGGGAAAAAAUUGAGUUUUAUGUUUCAGCCACUUUUGGAAAACGAAAGCCAGUCGGCAACGACUACUGACGAUCACCAGUCAACCCAAAGAGAAGAAUCAGAGAACGAUGAAGACGACGGCAGGAAAAUGUUUUCUUUGCAGCUUGGAUUACUCAGAAGAUGUAUCCAAGCUUCUUGUGUUAACACCAGUGAUGACAUUUAUAGCGCUUCCCGUGUCACUAAAAGAAUUCACACACUGACCGAAAUUCUCUCUCAAGACUGCUCAAUUGAUCCUAAACUUGCACAGAAAUUUGCCUGUAUACUGCUGAAAAUCAUUUAUAAAGUUUUAAGAUACAAAGAAUCCCAGGCGAUUGAGCAGAAAGACUGGUUCUUAGAUGAAGCUGUUACUGGCCACAAUAUCCAAGAAUGUGGAACAUUCCGACGUGCAUUGUCCUAUCGCAUCGAAAAAGAAAUCGUUCCUAUCCUCUCACACAUCAUAAAUCACAUUGAUAAAAACUGUAACUUGGACAUACUGUUACACGAGAGAAACCAAGACCUGUGGUUGAAUUUAUUUGCUUGCGAAGAGUUCAUGAGCCUUGAUUAUGAAGAAAUGUUUUUGAAGCAGCCAAAGCCCGAUACACCUAGCCUAAAUCUACGUGAACUUGUAAACUGGGUUCCAUUUUCAAUAGCCAUCAAAGAGAAAAUCAGUUCUUUUAUCAAAGAGCAUCAAGAAACGACAGGUAAUUCAAAAAAUAUCUUGCAAAAAGUGCUGCAACACACGUCUUAUGGACAUCAUCUACUGAAGUUUUCACACAGAAUUUUGAAAAGUUACCUUCGUGAUCUUGUUUAUAUUGAAUAUGAUGUCAACGAAGAAGAACAUGAGCUUGUAGCGAUGUCAAUCAUGGCUCGUGCAAGCAAACAACGAGGCAACACUAAGGCAGCAGUCGAUAUUAUUGAUAUGCAUCUGGUUUCAAGUUGUGCGGUCUUUCAACAACGUAUGCAAUGCUUUCUGCUAUUGUCAAAGCAAAUGUCAAAAGAAGAAAUUUUGGCUUUAGGAAGAAUGGUUUCUGAUGCAGAAGACGUUGUUGUCGACAUGAUCUGCUUAAAGCAAAGCAUUGAGAGAUUGUAUCCUGAAAUCGAACACUUGCUGGAGCAACAAAUGCGUUUUAAGUGGUGCAAAGAUGUGCAAGCACUAAGACUGCCUACCGAUCAAAUAUUCCAUUUAUUUUAUUCUAAGCCUGAAGAGUUUAUCACUGUGGCAAAAGAUGUCUUUGAGAAUGCAAGAGUUAUGUGGACAAGGCUCCUUUUGAUCAAAGAAUUCGUUGAACACAUUUGCCCGGCCGGAAAAGCAAGUAGCGGAAAGGAUGUUGAAGUUGCCUUAGAACUUUGGGAGGCUCUAAAGGCUAUUAACGACGAUAUGUCAUCAGCAUCAUCCUGGAUAUUCCUGAAAGAGCAGUUGCAGAUUUUGAGCAGUAGAUGGGAGAGCUCUCUUGACUCUAAGCUUGAAGAGAUUUUGGAAUGCAUAGUUUGUGAAGAGCCUUUGGAGGAUCGUAUCCAGUUUCCUUGUCUCCAUGUGACGUGUUUCAAAUGUGCUCAUCAAUGGUUAGUUAAAGAUGGGAAAGAAACAUGCCUUGUUUGCCAAGCACAAGUGCCAGUUGAAUUCAAAAUCAAAGAACAAAAAAAGAAGAAUGAAGUGAUUUAUGAACUUGGCAACUUCAGAAAACGUUGCGUUGGGUUCUUCAUGGAAGCAGUGUCCAUUUUCUGUUUUUCUUCGGAAAACGCUGUAAGAAAUGAAGAAAUCAUUGAGUUUAUGAUUACUCUUGUGACGACGGCAAAGCACCAGACAAAGCAGUUGUCACCUUUUCCAGAUUUUGGUAUCGACCAGACGCCAACAGUGCGGUCUUUUCUUAUUCAGCAGCUCUUGAAGGCUAAGGAUCUCAGCUCCCAAUCUGAACAUUAUCUGCAGUGUUACCUUGCGAAUGAGGCCUAUCUGCUAAGCGAGGCCGACGUUUCUGCACGUCUUGAACUUUGCCUUUUGCUGGUUCAAUGUUAUGAGGAUUUCAGACUUGCUGGAUUUAGUAAGACUCAGUCAGAUGAUGUGUUGCUUGAGCAGCUCUGUUCGAGGCUCGAGAGGGUACGAAACAUUUGUUCCAGUUACCUUCCAGUUAGUGAUGUGCAAUCAUUACAGACAAUUGCAGAUUUGCGAGCAACAAUAACAAACGUUGCCGAGAUUACUUAUAACGAUAUCAUCGAAAACAACUUUGGUAGUAACUUCAAGCAAACUCUACGUAAGCUGUAUACCUUGCUUAAGAAUAUUUGCUUAGAGGAAAGCAGCAACAACUUGAAGAAGUUUUUCAUGCGACAGUUGCUGCGCAGAUUCGGCAUCGCAGUGUUACGAAAAAUUUUGGCUACAGAAGAUUUUAAGUGGCUUGAAUCCAAUGAAGAUGAAGAGCUUACGAAUGCAUCCCCGGAUCGGUUCAUUUUGUAUGGCGACGAAUACAGGAGAAUAAGAGAAGAGAUUGGAGAAGCUGUAAUGCGAGAAUCAGUUGAUAAUCUCGAGCUUCAUCCCGAGGAAGAACUUUCUUCUCCGGACACAUUGAGAGAAGCCUUAGCAUUACUAAGUGUUUACAGAGAGGUUACUACCUCUUACUCAGUAAGGCCGAAGCAGCCUGAAAAAGAGUUGCUAGACAAGAUCCUGGAAUGCCUCAAGAGUAAAGGAUUAGUUCAAAACGAGAAUCUUGCAAAAUUGCUGCUGAAUAACAUGCAAGGAAACGGAUUUGAAAAGUUGAAAUGCACUCCUUUCUUUGAUGACCAAGAGCGUCAAAUAUCAGAAGUUGUCAUUCAUACGAUGAUUGUCCUUUCGUUAAAAUCAGCCACUACCCCUAUCUUACAACCACUUGCGUUGAUUUCUUUACGCCCUCAAGACAUGAUGAAUUCUUUUCUACCAACAAUGCCUGACGACCAUUUAACAGAUGUUUUUGAUGCUGCUCAAGGAACAUGGAAAACAUACUAUUGCCCAAAUCGACACCCCUAUAUCGUCACCCAGUGUGGUAUGCCCGUUGAAAAAUCCAUAUGUCCAGUUUGCAGAGGUGAAAUUGGUGGAAUUGAUCAUAGACCAACUGCAGGAAACGUAGAAGCUCAAAGAGUGGAUAGGACGCAAACUGGGCAUAUCCUUGGCGAUCCUCAAGAGCGACUUACUUUUGCUGUGGCCGAAAGGAACCUAUCAACCGCUUCCCACUCUAUGCUCAGUGUUUUAUUACACUCAGCGCUGUUGCUGGGUGCUUGCGAGGACCCCAAUAGUGUGGCAGAUUUAAUUCACCCAAGACUACCCCCUAAUGAAACUCAGUCGUUCAUGUGGCAGCAUGUUUGCAAAAGUGUGCAAACUCUAGCGAAGGCCAUUGGUCGAAGCGUAGAAGAAGCUGUCCUUGCAGUUCACCUGGUUUUGGAAAGCAUGCUGAAGGAAGACUAUACUGGAGAUAGUGGGCUUGAGGACUUCGGUACAAUUGCAAGCAAGCAAUGUCGUUCGGAAUGGGAAGAUAAAUUCAACAUGAGGUUCAUUCAGCCUCGUUUAGCAGCAUUAACAACUUUGCUGGAGGAAGAACAACAAAGGAUUGUAAAGGACAACCGAUUAGGAGCGCCUUUUAUACGGAAUCUUUAUGAGAUUGAUGCCAUGGCGAAUGAGGUGACAAUCGAAAGGAAUGCCUUGGAUUACCAGUGCUUCUGGAGGUAUAGGGUACCAAUAACAGUUGCGCAUCUAAAAUUAUCACUGGGUGAAUUCACUGCAACAAAAGGAAAAUCAGUCUGUAAAAUACUCCAAGAAUUUCUUAAAAAGGAAGACGUUUUGAGGUUCGUAAAAGCAUUGCCAGAUAUCAUGCUUUUGCAAAGAAUUUUGUCAAGCAAUCUUAGCAGACGCAUCGACAGUGAAACUGCGAAAACAAAGAAGAUCAAGGAUAUUGUCAAAGGUUAUUUCAAAGGAGAAUUGAGAGAAACAGUAAAUCGCCUUCUCAAGGUAUAUUACACAACAUGGAAAGCCCUGAAGCCAACGUUAUUGUCUUAUGGGGAAAUUCUUAAAAUUGAUGAUUUCGAGCUAUCAAGCGGCUCUCCGAUUGCUUAUAUACUUCCGUCACUAAACAAUACUGGAAAACGUGCUUUGCUUCUGCUGAAGUGCUUGGCUGAAGCUCACAAUUCGCUCGUAAAUGAAUGCAGAGAUGUCCAGGGAGACAAGACUGAGCUUAAACGUGUCUCCAUUCAAGAGGCGAACCAAUUUAAUCUUAUUGCCUACGACUACGAUAAAGACCUUGUACCCAUCAUGUACGCCCACUGUGACUACUCCCUGGAGAUUGGGAAAGGAACCAUCGUCGAUUAUAAUUUUCCUGCACUAGAACGACAGAUUGUGAACACUUUUAUCAGUGGCAAACCAGUAAUAGAUAUGGCGGUCACCACAGUAAAGUAUGCUGAUGAUGUCAAUAGUUUAGAGAAGUUUGAGGAACUGGAAAGGAGGGUGGAACAGCGGGACAUUCCCUUCAUGGAGCAACGUAAGAUGGCUAGUGAAAUUCAAUCCCUUCCUGAAGUUUGCGAUUCCUUGCGAGCAACAGAGAUUACCAUCGGACUGCUAUCGACAACUGGUGCAGAUUCGAAUGUUUUCUUCAAAAAAUACCUCGAAGAUGUACUUCGUAUGCCUGCAGAUAAGUUUUUGACCAGUGUAAAGAUGCAAAGCGUAUGUAGGCUUGCCCAUAUUCGCUCUAUUUGGAUUAUGCUCACUGUCGAAAGGGCAUUUCGACUUCACGUCAGUGGUGAGGAUCCAUUUGACCUGAAAGAUAUGUUCAGAGAAGAAGUGAUGGAUUUCGAUCAACAACUUUUAAGACACAUUGAUAUUGAGCAUCUUCUGGCAGAGCUAACGGAGUACAUUGUGUUAGAAGUUCCAUUACGGGACGAAAGUGCUCUAGACUACCCUUUGCAAAACUGUUUGGAGGACUUUUUGGACAAGAAAAAGACAUCAAAUCGCAAUAUCAAAGGCAUUGACCAUCUGCCUGAAAAUUUGUGUUUAAAGCAUAUUUUCUCCUUUUGGAAGGUAAUUGCGAAUGCAAGAAGGGAACAAAAAAAUUGAAUGCAUUUUAUCUUCGUAUAUUGGUUAUAAUUGAUUAUUUCUAUAUCUAGAUAAAUACUCAAGAAGUAUUGGCAGUUUUGCAUUUCAGUAUAGGCUUUGAUCCAAUUUCAUCACUUAGCAUUAAAUUCAUAUUCGUGUUUGGCACCAGUUUAAUUUGGCACCCGUUUUCCUUCUACCUAACAUUUAAAAAACGGUUAUAUGCUUUAUAAAUCCAUUAUCGACCUUUUUGAUUCAAGAAAGACCCAUUACAAGCCCACAUUGUCACAAUAUGGGUCAUGAAAAUUAGUUGCUAAUAUAAGCAUGAAAGAACACCUUUUGGUGAUAAGCUAUUUGAAAGUAGAAAUAUAGCAUACACCGUUGAAUUAUUGGGAUAUUCGGCAUAAUUUACUACACAGUUUGCCUGUAAUAUUUGAUUGAUUAGCUAGUAUACAAUAUUUAAUACCCGUUUUACGGAUGAAAUUUGACUAUGGUGCUUACUUGGUGCUUUUGGGAGGUCGUAAAUAGCGACAUUAUAGUCACCUAGGAAUUGCGUUUUAUUUAGUUUGGAUAUACCCAUUCUUUGUAGAAGACAUAUUUUGCUGUUUUAGUACAAUUUUCGAUUUUAAUGUUGAACCGUGUUAUAUAAUAACAAGCAGGUUUUGUACAAUAUUUUUAUAUUGAUGCAAAACAUGGCUUGAA